UCAUCCUGCACUUUCUUGCAUUUAUGUCCUCUGCAGAUGCACGUUGCAUGUUUUUCAGUGUGGCGACUUUUUAAAUUUUCAUUUCUUAACCCAAUUUGAGGGUGAUCUGUUGAACACCUGUUCUGGGAUAGAUUCCAUGUUUUUGAUAAUUUGGUAUAACUAGUUCAAUUUUAAGAUUUAGCUUUAUUUUUAAUAUAGUUUUUUUCUUCAAAACUUAUGACAUGAACAUCUGUGUGUGCAACAAAUGUGUCAGGAUGUGGUGAGGAGAACCAUAGAAUGAUGACUUCUUCAAGGCUAGUGAGGAGCACAAAGGGUCGCCUGUUUGCUGGUUUAGGAGUUUUGACCUUAUUUGCUGGGGUCAUAUUUCUGUAUCACAGCACUAGAGUAGAACUUGAUGAAGUGCGCAAUGCACAUAGCAAAUGUCGCCAAGAGCAAGACUCCCUGGCUGCCCAAGUUCAAGUAAUAUCAGAAUAUAAGAAAAACCUGGAGAAGUCAUUAAAUCAAGAAAAGGCUGAACAUCGACAAACAAAGGAGGAGCUGCAGUCCCGCAUGAAUGAUGAACAGCAAUUGAGAGAUAAAGAAAACCUUGAAAAUGUUAACAAGUACAAAGCCCUUCAACAGCAGUACAAAUUGCUGCAAAGUGAGCAUGAGGACCUCAACGAACUUAGUAACAAAGCCAAAGCUGAACAGGCAUCUUGCUCUGAGGCUGUGAGUCGCAUGAGUGCCCAGCUUGCCUCCAUGCGGCAAGAGCAAUUAACUAAAGACACUGAAGCCAGCAGCCUCAAGCUUAAGUUCCUUAGACUGGAAGAAGAGAACAAAGCAUUGUUUGAGAAACUCAAUUUGCUUCAAAGAAAACUGGACAACAAUGUAAAUGAACAGCAGGGAGCCAAUGCUGGCACUAAACGAGGUUCAACAAAAGAAACUAUUCCUGGUGAAAGUGCACUUGGAGACAAUGGCACUGGUAGUUUACAUGAGCCCCCUCACAAUGUCUUGCCUGCUGCACAGAAGUCUUCUACCGCUGCUCAGGAGGAAAUUCUCCAACCAGCAAGACCUGCUCAGCCAGGCUUAUUGCAGCCUGUGUCCAAGACUUCAGGAAACCAUUCAACUACUACUCAGAUAAAUCCAGAAGCCUUACAAAGCCAAGACAAAAUGUUACAUCGAGCUUUACCAGCACUUCCAAUGCCUCUCUUACUCUCCCCUCUUCAACAGCAUGUUUCUGUGGAAAAGCAAGAUUUUGCCAACAAUGGACCUCAAGGCGUCUUACCCGCUCCCUUAGGGUUUGGCAGUGACAACCAUUACGGCCAGAAUGCUAUUCCUCUUCAGGCCCCUUAUAGACUUCACGGUCUUAAUCACCAAGAGGUUCUCCAGAAUCAGGGUCAAAUGCCACCAUUUGCACCAAGAAUUCCUGCAACGGGUGUGCAAAACAAUGUACUUCCUGCUCCACCAAAUCAUGCCCAUGGAAUUGCACAGCGCUCACCAAGUUUUGGCCAAGCUUUGCACCAGAACAUGAACCCAUUCCAAAAUGAUUUAAGUUUCAUGAAACAAAAUUUAGUUGACUCACCCGCUAAUGCUCAGGACCAACACAAAUAUGUUCAGAGUGACAAUGGCUACUUAAAUGGUCUGAAAGCUCACAACAGUGUGUACAAUUUGCACAAAAAUAUUGGCAUUCCAGUUGAUAACAAAUAUCUUGCUGCCCAAGAUGUCCACAAAUCUGUGUUCUUGCCCCAUGAUAAUCCGUUUAGGGCAGAUAAUAAAGCUGCAGCAUUCCAUAAAAGUGCCAUAAAAAAUGUGAACAUUGUGCCUCUUGAUGGAGAUGUGCAUCAACAAUCUGAUUUAGAAGUGCAAGGUGGCAAUCCAUUUGUGGAGCUGGCCCACCACAAUCAGGAUUCAGCUCAUGGGAGAAACCAUGAACAACCUGCUGCACAGCUAGAUGCUCAGGCUGGGCAUUAUAAUUACCAUGGUGGUGAUUAUGACAAAGAGGAUCCCCCUGCAAAUAAUGAAGGAGAAGAUGAGGGGGAUGUGGACCAAAUCGACUAUAACAAUGAGCCAAACCAAGCUCACGCCCCUCAACAAGUUCUCCACCCUGGCCAUCAUGCUGUUCCUAAAAUGGUGCACAGAAGAUUGGCUGAUCGUCAUCAGGAUGGUGUCAUGGUGAACCCCAGAUAAGCAGACAGAAUUUCUCAUGUACUAGUUUUUAAUUGUGUUGACAGGACUCUUGUCAUGGUUAGGAACAUUUACUGGGAAUUUUUCUGAGCAUGGUAGGAGUGUUUUUGUGACAAACUAUUGUACCUCUCGUUUAAUUUGUCUCUCUGGAAUCGGUUUAGUUGUAACAAUUGGGGUCAGUUUAGACUGAUGGUGAAAAGAGGUAAAAUUGGGAACUUCAAAAACCUAUCUAGUAUUUUUAACAAAUGAUUGUUAAUCAAAAUAUCAAGAGUUAUUUAUUGCCUGCUUUAAACAUUUCUGAGGUACCUGUUAUUAAUCCAGUGUACCAAUAUUAAUUUAGUUUAAAAUACAUUGAAUGUUCUUAUUCAAAGUGGCGUGUGUUUGUAUUGGAACUUAAACUAAGCAAUGCGUUAUUUAAGUUUCAUUAAAUCAACGUCAUUUUGCCCUUUUGGUCUUAAAAGGCAGUACAAAAAUGAGUCAUGUACUCGUACUAUGAUCUGAAACAUGUCCUCUGUCCCCUUAUUUAUUUUGGCUUUUUGUUCUUGUGAUAUGUUUUUAUUGUAAAAAUGUUGUUCUUUUUUGUUUUCGUUUCAUGUUUUCUCGAUAUUUAUUAGAUUAAGCUCAGCUUGAGAAGUCUGACAGAAAUAAGUAGAUGAAUCAAUCGAAACUGUUGUACAAAGACAUCUACUUAUUUUUUGGAAAAAAGAGAAAGGUCAGAGGUUUUACACAUAGGACUUCAAAACGAAUCUUGAUAUCCACAAAAUAACAUUUAAGUUAUUGAACUGAUAAGAUUAAAUUAUGAAAUGUUGUUGUUUGUUUUAAAUUUUUUUGAUUUUGUUAUGUUGUUUCUAGUUAAAUGUAUUUCCCUCAGUCAUAUUGGUCAUGUUUACCUUUAUUGAAGGGGGCUUUUCUAGUUUUUUUAUUUUGACGUAGUUUGUUUUGUUGUGGCACCAAUAAGUUUAACAUUCUUUUCUCAACAAAGCCAUUUUAAAGGCCUACAACGAUAUGUGGAGUGCAUUGAUUGCUUUUGAAUGCAGCAGGCUUGGUGAAAGUCGAACUCCAGUUGUAAAAAUGGGCAAGUGCAUUUCUGUUAAGAAUGCAUCCAGUUGUAGUUAAUUAGUAUGAAGCAAUUUAAGUAUGCAAGUUGUUAUUGUGUGUUUGCUACAAACUUGUGUGAGUAUCUUGUGCUGUUUGGUUUUGUUUGGGCUUUUGUUUCUUCUACUGACUACUUCUUUAGUUAAUGUAUAAAAAUGUAGCAAUCUUGCCAUAAAGCAGUACUCUUAAUUUAGGGAGCAUUGGGUGGAGUGUAGAUCUGUGAUUUCAAAUGUAAGUUUGUCUCGACUAUGGCUUCAUACCAAAGUCACUUCAUUGUUACAAAUCAUUAAGGAAAAAUCUCUUCAUGAACUAGUAGAAAGUUAGUGCGCUGCACAAUUUAAACCCCUCCUGAGUAAAGUAGGUGUAUUUUCCAUAUAGAUCUGAUUUUUUAAAAAAGACCAUAAUACUGUACUCGGACAGAAAAUUUAAACUGAAAGAAAGUAAAACAAAUCCUCCUGUAGCAUCUGCACCCACUGCCGCCUCAUGAAGGAUGUUCAAGUGAAGAAGUCUGGAAUAUUUUUGUAACAAUAAUAAAAGUAAUAAAAAGUUUUAAAUUA